AUGACAAUUGCCCCAACAACGCCCGAUAAGAAGUUCAAGUGCCCUCCACUCCACCCCGUAAAGGAGCGAGCAUUGGUGCAGCGGGGCUUAACUGCUUUGGAAGACGCCGUCGCAAUCUCUCAACUCGACGGGGGGCGAGUCGUGUGGACUGUGCAUUCCCGAGUAAAAGGCGUGACUAUUUAUGCAGGCCACGGCGUAGGGCACUUCCACUCGAUGUUUAUGGCUACAACACAAGUGCACAGCACGCUAAGUGAAGUGGCUGACCUCUUUCGAGCGCACGAGAGCUUGACGAGUAUGGACACGGACGACGUUGUAGACUCGGCGGCGCUGUAUCACCUGGCGUUACCGACUCCCAACCACCCCCGCAACUACGUCGGAGUUCAGUGGCAGGCACUGGCGCCAGCCGUCCCCAUGGUUCGGAAGCGAGACGUUUGUAUGGUCGAGUUCCAAGACGACUUUGAAAUCAACGGCGUGCAUGGGUGGGCGCGAGCGGCAACGUCGGUCGACGUGGAGGCUUGCCCCAACCUCGAGCCCAGCCAAGGCCUUGUGCGCAUGCACAUGGCUCAGUUCGCCCAUAUAUUUCAAGAGUCAGCUACCCAACCAGGGUACCUCCAUGCGUCCCUGUUGUUUCAAGCCGACUUUGGGGGCCGCCUCCCCGAAUGGGUCUGUGACAGGUUGAUUCUGAAACGCGUGCGCACGCUAGGUUCCCUCGAUGGCCAAUUGCACCGCCACCGACUCGGCAGGACACACUUUUUACUGCCCCAUCAACUCGACCCACUCAGUCAAUCGCAUAUUUGCUCGACUUGUUGUCGUCGGUUUGGCCGGCUCUCCAAGAAAUUCCACUGCCUCAAAUGUGGCCACGUUGUGUGCCAUCGGUGCCAGCAACCGUGGCGGUUGGGUCGGGAUCGACGCUGUCAAGUACACGUGUGCCAUGGUUGCUCGUUGGAGCCAACCAACCCCAGCUUCCACAACGGCGGCAGACUCGGAAGUAUUACUACGAACCCAGCGUUUCUUAUGCGAAACAGCAGUGGCACCACCAGCAGUGUGCAGGAUAGCAGCGUAGCCGAUCGUUCGACAAGCGAAAGCGGACACAGCCUGGGGAUUCAGCUGCUGCAAAGCCCGUUGGAUCAGCUGUUGACGAGGCUCCAUGGGAUGGAUAACAUUGACAGGCGAUGCACUGCAGUGCUUGGCUCGCCUAAACCUUGGGACGAGAAUUACGUGCCUGUGGUGCUGUACGAAGCCUGCUAAAACGUUGAAUAACGUUAUUUUUGCUUCAUUUCGUG